UUGGGAGGUCCGGGAGGUGCCAGCAGCGUACACGACGUGGGCGAUGUCGAUGCGGCCGGCCGCCGCAACGCUCGCGUGCUGGCAGUGCAGUCGCUGUACCGGUAUGACCUGAGCGGGGGCUCAGCCGCGGACGCGGUGGACACUGUCGUGGAUGGACACCGCCCGACGCGACGCGCUGAGCACCGAGUCGUACGCGUUCGCACCCGUCUGCUGGUCGCCGGCAGCAUCGAGAAUCUGCAGGCGGUCGAUGGCUGCAUCGACCGACAGCUUGAGCACUGGGACCUGGAACGGCUGUCCCGCGUCGAUCUGGCGAUCCUGCGGAUGAGCGUCUACUGCCUGCUGCACCAGCGGGACGUGCCGGCCUCGGUGGUCAUCAACGAGGCGGUGGAGAUCGCCAAGCGGUACGGCACCGACGAUUCCUACCGCUUCGUAAACGGCGUGCUCGACGGCGUGCGCAAACGGGUGGCGUGA